UUGGUAAACGGUAGUUGAUAAUUAUAGAUGUAUAUUCUGCUUAUCACCGCGUAUGGUAAAUGGCUUCAGAUUCAUAAAUGCGACCGACGGACUAGUCAUACGUACCUAGUGAUUUAGUAUACACUAUAUUAUUUGAGCAAACGCAAUCGUGAAUAGUGACACCAAACAUAGUUACGGGAAAAAUGGGUUUACGUAUUGAUAGAGAGUUCAUGAUUACCACCUUCAUUUUUCUGAGUUUUCUACUAUCCAAUACAAGACAAUUAUGCGAAACUUCGACAAAUCAAACUUUCUUGGUACGAAAAUACGAUGCACCUAACUUCUGCAGCUGUGGAACAGAAGUGACCAUUGGCUGCCGCCUUGUAACUGAUGAUUACCCUGACUACUACUCCUGUGAAGGACUGUCGUUGUAUGAUAGGAUACAGUGUUGCACAUAUACACAUUUGGUUAAAUGCUGUAGUGGAUGGAGAAAGCUGUACGAUUCCUGCACGAUACCUGUUUGCAACCCUUCUUGUAUGAACGGUGGGCACUGUGUAGCGCCCCAGGUGUGCAGAUGCAGGCCAGGAUACGGGGGUACAAGUUGCCAGACACCUGUUUGUGUUCCGUCUUGUGACAACGGAGGACGGUGCAUUGCACCUUGGACGUGUAGCUGUGUGUCAGGAUACACCGGACGCACGUGUUCACAAGGUCAGGGCAUUUGUAAUCCCAGUUGUUUGAAUGGAGGCCAGUGUGUUGCUCCUCAGAUAUGUAAAUGUGCUCCGGGAUUUUACGGGAAAAUAUGCGAAAAGGGUGAUGCUCUUAGUAAGUUGUAUACACCCACACUGCAACUGGCGGAUCAAAGUGUUGCAUCAGUCGAUUCCUGGUACAGGAUAGCAUCACCGUAUUCCAAGGCUUGUUUUCUCAAAAUCUACAUUCAGAUAAAUCAAACCACUGAUAUUGUGACAUUCACUUCUACAAGCUAUGAUGGACGUGGAAAUAUACUCGGAAAUUACACCUCAUUAGCAGUGGAUGAGACAAACUCAAUCAAAAGCAGUGGACGUUCAGCUUGUCUGAAUAUAAAAUGUCCAGAAGAAGGAAAAACACACUUAAAUAAAACAAAAGUAGUGACAACGGCUAACACGGACAUAGAAUGUAACAUAACAUUAUUCGAUCGACAGACAAGCAGGGUAUUGGGGAAUAACAUUCUAGAGACCGAUAUAAGAGGCGGGGAUGAGUACGGCCCCCUAUACGGUAUUUACACUGCUUACGGAUCUACGAUAUCAUCACAGACAGUUGCGGAGAAAAUGUGCCAAUUCGGAAGUAAUCAUGUAGAGAGUGACCAAAGUAUUUCUCCAUCUACAUACCCUAAUGCUGGAUUCAGUUGUUGAGAUACUUGUAUGUCGCAUGCGCAGUGCACUUGAAUUCACAACCCAAUUCGGAUUUCUGUUUUAUUGUUUUAUUUUUAUUGCAAGGUUACAAAGAAAUAAAGUAUAUCAAUAGCA